AUGCUCUCUCCCCGAUCUCUAUCGCCAAGAUCCGACUCAUCCAUGGACACGACGAAGAGUAGGCUCUUCACGCCUUUGUCUCCUCACGGGCUGCCGAAGGCUCGUGAUGGCCCCCACCGAUUCUCUUCCAUUCCCCCGCCCAUCAAUCUCCUAGCAAGCUCUCGGCCGUCUACCCCGAUGUCACUGUCCAUGAUGUCUCCUCCACCAAUGUCCGCCAGGUCUAUCGAGACAUUCAUAGACUCAACACCAUCUACGCCUGCCUACUCACCGCGGGCAGGUUGGGGUUGGGAUGGCUCAACUAUAGUGUUGCUGUCGCCAGGGCCCUCGGCGACAUCAGAGUCUGAGUGGGCUGCGAGAGCGGCAUCACUGCGAAGACCGAGCCGUACCCCUUCACCAGUUCCUGUCCAGCAUGCCAGGAAGGAAAGCACCAAAUCGCUUCACCUAGUGGCCAGAGAGAUCACGCCCAGUGCCUCACUCUCAUCUCAUCCCGUGCUGCCUAUGCCCGUUUACUACCACAAGGAGGACUCGACAAUGGAAGAAGAGUCCUCGGACGAGAAGAACGAGGAGAAGACGAGGUCAAGCGACACGUCCUCGGGCAUCGCACCCUUUGGCAAGAUUGCAAAGGGUUUCAAGUCGAUGCUGAAGCGAAAGGGCUCCGGCACCGAGAAGAGGGCCCAACGCCGACGGCGAGAACACCCAGAAAUGGAGCGUAUCGAGACGAUGCACUGGACUGAGAUGUGA